UCAAAUUAUUUAACCAAUUUCAUUUAACAAUUUUUUUGUGAUUAUUGAAUCGACUCGACUCCCUCAUGAAUUCCUUCCGUAAAAAUCGCGCGGACCAAAAUAAAUGAUUAGUGAUUAGUCUUCUGAUCCUUGAAGUUGGUAUCAGACCCUUCGUUUGGUGAAAAUCGUGCGGCAGAUUUUCCUAUCCAAUUGUUCCUCAUUGAGCCCGAUAGACCAAGAAAUUAACAAAAUUUCUUUCUAGUUCCAUCUCCCCCUCUGCGGUCGGUAAACACAAAUGGUGCCAAUCAUCGCUGAUCACCGUAGACUAUCUGCUAUGCAGUAUGCAGUAGAUAAACCGUAUGGUACAACUGUCGAGCUGUUUCCCCCAAUAUCCAACGAUCCUAAUUGGUUCACCAACAGAGGCAAAUAACGAGGCUCGUUAUCGACACCAAGGCGAGGUAGUGAGUGGAGUGGUGGAAAGAAGUCAUCGGGAAUGAAGAAGCCGAAGGGUGUGGAGAGGAAGCAGUGGAAAAUGAUAGAAGGACAGAUUCAACGUUAAUCGGUAGUCGUGGUAUAGGUAGAGGGGCUGCACCCGUGAGAACGAAAGAGAGCCAGUGGUGAGGGUAACUGUGGAUGAGGCAAGUUGUAGAGGGGUUGGUAUGAGUGGACUGGUGGUGGUUGGCAAUGGUGUGGGUAGUAUUGCCGUUGAAAAUAUAGGGGCUGGUUGGUUAAAUGUGUUGAAGAAAGACAGUCAUACUUUUUCCCCACCGCUUGGGAAAAACCCUUGUCCCCCCUCCAACGCGGCUAAAGUUGAGUCGUGCGCCGGUUACUGUGUACCAGAGUAGUACAAAAAUAUAUGGUGGUGUCUCACUCGGUUGGGUUGGGAUGUGAAAAUGGUGUGGUGGGAGGGACGGUGGCGGUGUGGCCUCAAAAAUACACCGCAACCACACCGCGCGACUCUACCGCAGAAGCCGCCACCACCUUUCCACCGGAGUGCGGGGCCCACGAAAACGAGACCGCUUUGCGAGUUUAACAUCCUGACUGGAAAUUUGGGGGGUGAAAAAAUCAGCGACUCUGUGAAUUUGUGAUAUUUUCAAGAUCUGCGUCGAUGAUUUCCUGAAUUUUCGAAUUUAUUUCGUUGAAACUCUUUUUAGUUUCCGAGGGCCUUCAGUGAUCAGUGAUAAUUGGGACUAAUUUGUGGUGGUGAAGGGUAAGCUGAGUACUGAGCUAAUGAAUCUGUGAUAGUAUGCAGUAAAGUGGCGUUGGUUUGAGUGAAAAACUUGUUGAGAGUUGGCCAUUCGAGUGGAAGAAUUUGGAACGGACAAAAAAAAAAAAGUUGUUCUGGGGGUAAAACUGCGAGGACGAUGGGGAUAUAAGAAUUUGCAAACAGAUCCUGAUGCUCUGUCCCUGUUGUCGGGAUAAUGAAAUAAGGAUCAAAGGGAAGGAGAUCGAGACGCAUUUGGGUUUGAGGAUAGUGGAAUGGGAAUGACUGUACCGAGGUAAUAGAAAACGGAGAAAGAAUCUGGGAAACAAAUUCAAUUGUUGGAUUUCGAUUGGAGGGGGAGCUGAUGCUGUGUUCUGUGGUGGAAAAGAAAUCAAGGGAAUUCCGGGUGAUCCUUCGCUGGUGAACGUCGAUCCUGGGAGACGUUUAUUGAAAGGGAUCAGACAUCGGUGUGAUUAGUUGGCGGAUAGUCACCUGUGAAAUUCAGAUAGUCUGUCAAUGAUUCAGGUCUCAUGACGAAUCCCUUGAGAGAUGUCCGACCGGAUGAACGUCCUCAUGGACUUGAUUAUCCUGACUCGAGAAUCGCUCGCAAUCAUUCGUUGACGAGUAUCAAUCCGGCUGGACAGAUAUUCAGUUCGAGGCUGCGAAAGGCGAGGGUCUCUUCGACAAGACGAAGGAUGCAUAUCGCUGAGGAGUCACCUGCUCAGGGUAACGCCAGUGCCAAUCAGACCACUGACUAUGCACUCACAGCCGAUCUCCUGGCGGAGAGAACGUUGGAUGGACUACUUGCCGAACACCCUGGCGAGCUCAUCCGAACAGGCUGUCCCCACGUCGUCUGCACAGUUCUCCCAAACCACUGGAGAUCCAACAAGACCCUUCCCGUAGCAUUCAAGGUAGUGGCCCUCGGUGAAGUUGGGGAUGGAACACUCGUGACAAUUCGUGCUGGUAACGACGAGAACUGCUGCGCCGAGCUGCGUAAUUCCACAGCCCUCAUGAAGAAUCAGGUCGCCAAAUUCAACGAUUUGAGGUUCGUCGGGAGAAGCGGAAGGGGUAAGAGCUUUACUCUGACGAUAAUGUUGCAAACGCAGCCGCCGCAAGUGGCCACACUUUCCAAAGCCAUUAAAGUAACCGUCGACGGACCCCGAGAGCCGAGAUCCAAAACGAGACAGCAGGCCUUUCAUCCCUACCACUUUGGGCCACGUCCAUUUCCCUUUGGACAUCCGCAGGACCCACUGGGAUUCAAGCUGUCCGGAUUGCAACACCUGGGUCUUGAGCAGGCCGGUGGUCAAGGCUGGGGAGGUCUUCCUCGAGGUUCUCUACCUCCGCACUGUCUCCCACCCCCGCCGGGUCACCUAUCGCAGCCGCAUCCGCCGCCAGGCGCGGGUGGCACAGUAUCUGCCUUCAACCCCUUUCAUCACGCCAUCGAGCAAAGAUCUCCUCGACUGCCAGUUUCUAAUAGUGAACCAGCGAGGAACGAUUUGGGGCCAAUAAGCGUCGCCGUGAGGGAGUCAGCACAGACAGAUUCACCAGCGAAUUCUGGCCCCGGAUUACUAACAACUGCAUCAGUGACAGCACCAACACCACCUGCCGAGUCGGCGACAAAUAACAGUCCUUCGAAUCCACCCGGACAUCAUCCCCACCUGCAAGGUCUUCAUUUUCUGAGGGCACAUCCGCUGUUUGGAUCGAUAUUCGCACCGCUGCUGCCUCAGACCCCUUGGCUGUACAAUCCGCUGUCUUAUCAUCCGCCUCAGUACUUGGUGGAAUCAGACUGGCAUAAAUUGGCAGUGCACAUGCAGCAGCGGUUGCAGAGGCCCGAUCAGGCGAAUUUGGAAGACAUGAAGCAGCUGAGAAGUACGAGCGGCAGUCCCAGUGUGAGCUCUCGCGACGAAAGACGCCGAGAAGACGGUGACGCCUUGAGGGAUACGGAAAGUCCAGACGGUAGCAUCGAAGUGGAUGACAGAAAUGAACAGGAUCCAAUAUUCGAAGGUAGAAGUGAAGAUUCAUUACAGGAGCAGGAAUCACCUCGUAAUUCACCAGUGAGAAGUGACAUGGAAGACAGCGUAAAGGAGGAUUUCCGAGAUACCGACAAGCGUUUGAGACCGAGCAUUGAAAAUUUGAAUGACAUUGAUAGCCAGAAUGAGGAUCAAGGGGUACGUAGAAAUGACUUGACUGUGAAAAUACGUCUCGAAGGUACCGUUGAUUUGAGUACCAAGAGGGGCCAAGAUAAGGAGAAUGUUGGUCAGGAUUUAACGACAAGGAGAAAGGAAGACGAUGUGGAUGUCGAGAGGGAAACAGUUAGACCGAGAAAGGAUAGAAGCCCGAAGCCCAGGCACGUCUGGAGGCCCUAUUGAUGUUCGCAAAUAAGCUGUCAUGUGGAAUUUAAUGGAAAUCAACGAACGAGUGAUUCCUUCAUGAAGACUUUCGGUAAAUCUAUGAUUGCUUAUUGAGGGAGACGUCACUGACGUCGGGGACUUCGAGGACUAACCAGGGUUUAAUUGUCUUACUUUUGAUUCAGCCUGUACAUAAAAAUCAAUGCUACUGUAUCAUGUCGUAUUAUUAUCAGAAAUGAGAGGGUACGUUAUCAAUCAGGAGUGGGAACGAAUAAUUUUGAAUUUCAAUCGUCCACUUUAUAUAGAAUGAUCUUUAGACUUCACGGCCCUUCAUCCUUGAGGAUUUUCAUCGCGUAGAUAAUUCAAUAGUCAGGCAACUCAUCAUGCAGAUCAUUCAUCUGAGUUUGAGUCAUACAUAGCAAUGAUAUGAAUGAUAUCGAAUGGUUUAAAAAAAGAAAAAUCUUGUCUGGCCAUUGAGUUGUCCGAGUGAUGAGUUGUGAAGAUGGGACGACUUGUAUAUAUAAUGACUAGUCCUGACACCGAUCUCUAAUUGUCACCUGUAAAUAACUUAUUAGUAUUUAAGUAAAAUCUGAAAUAUGAUAAAUUAAUUUAGUGUAAUUAUGAUCAUCUUGGUGUUCUUCGAGGAUUAAACUAUGGAACAUCGUCAUUUGGCAGAGUAAUUAGGUUUUAUCAUGUUUAGGUAAUGCGAUCGAAUAAAUAUCAUUUGUUGAGAGCAAAGUGAGUACGUGAAAAGGCUGAUAUUUUAUUUCAGUGAAUAUACUACGUUAUUAGGUUUUAAUCUCAACGAUUUCCAAUCCAAUAAUUUCCUCAGGAUUGAAACAAUACAGGAGAGAAAAUGAUCCCUCAACCCACAGUCCUUAUAUCCCAGCCUAUGCAUUCAAAAACAAUUGUACAC